CUCCUCAAACAGACUGCCAAAGCAGACUUGUGCUCAUGAUCUGUAAGUUCGAAUUGCAGAACAGAGUCAAGAUCGGCAGUAUGUCUUCUGAAAGCCCAGUUCUACGACGGGUGAGCCCCUCCAUCCACGGCAAUAGGUUCGACACAGCGCACCGCAAGAAAGCCUUGCCGCACAUCUUCGAGAACGUCAGCCAGGACGCCGUGCAGCGGCUCUUCCAGAGAGCCGGGGACCAUCGAGAGGCGGAGAGGGCACACAUAGUGAUGCGUAUCGACCAAGACCCUGAGGAAAUGGCCAAGGCGCUGAUUGCUCUGAAACAGAAAAAGAAAGACAAGUUUCUGCAGAUUCUCGGUCUCGCCAGGUUUCUGCUAAAGUUGUAAUAAGCCAGCAACGUGGCAACCGUGGCAAAGCCUAGAGAUUUGUAGCAUAACUGGCUGCGAGAACCAGCAAUCAGCAAGUUAUCACUCGCAAAUAAUGGGAACUGAAGUAAGCUGUGUGGGCUCCAUCGCCUCUUGAAGCUGAAAAUGACUUUGCAGGUGGUGCGAACAAAAAAAGAGAGAAAACAAAACUGAAACUGUAAAUUGAAGUUUGCGGUCCGAGCUCAAAGCUGUGAGCAUCUUCAGCAAAAGCGAAGAGGUGGCCGCUGUCAUCUGAAACCUGUCAAAAAAGGAACUGUCAGAUGGAGUGAACUGGACUUGAUACUAUAAGACCACGUAAGCCAAAUUCGACACGUGGAAUGUCACUACAGAACUGCAGAGACUCGUGAGUGCAGUCAGCACAAUACGGCAACGGGCCGCCGGCGCUAACAAAGCUCUACUGCUGACAGCAUCGGCCGGCGAAUGACUGAAUACUUCUAAUCGGAACACUAGCCACCGAUUAACACUAUCAUCGAUGCUACCUGAUGAAGAGGGAGCGAGGAAAGGACCUGCUCUGGAGUUAAAGACAAAAGCCGAACUUUCACAUAUGAGAUUUGUUUCUCUCAAAUUGAAAUCCAGACUGUACUUAGAGUUAAUUUACAAUUUAUUUAUUAUGUAUGCAUUUGUUUAAGAAAUGUGUUGAACUCUACACCCCACGGGUGUGUGCGAUUCAUAUUGUUGCUACUGCCUAACAGUGGAAAGAUUCCGAUCUGUGAAAUGCGAACUUGUUGAGAUGGCGCUUUCUGUCGUACCUGUCUGAAUGAACAAUAGCGUCAGAAGCGCGAAGGUGUUCAAAAUUUGUUAAGCAGCUUGAUCGAGAGUGCAUUUGUCGCAUAGUGCGACCAUUUCUGUUUGGCAAUGGUACCUCUGAAUAAAGCAGAAUAUUAUGUUUUGAA